AUGAAACUCAUUUCAGCUGUGCUUCUACUGCUUUUCGUGGGGACAGUCUUCUCUCUUGCAUACAAAAAUGUGGCUUUACGUGGCAAAGCAACUCAGUCUCAUCAUUUCAUAGGAGACUGGGAUAGUCUUGUGGAUGCCAGCAAUGCUAUUGAUGGAAACCGAAAUCCCGAUCUUACACAAGGAUCUUGCACAAACACUGGACAACAAGCAUAUCCCUGGUGGAGAGUGGACCUGCUGGAGUCCUACAUCGUCACUUCCAUCUCCGUAACCAACAGAGGAGACUGCUGCUCAGAAAACAUUAAUGGAGCAGAGAUUCAUAUUGGUAACUCCUUACAGGAUGACGGCACAUCAAACCCAGUGGUUGCUGUAAUUUCUCACAUCCCACCUGGCAGGACACUGAGAAUAACGUUUACCAGUCUUGUGGAAGGUCGUUAUGUGAUUGUGUCACUGCCUGGUUUUAACAGGGUGCUUACACUCUGUGAAGUUGAGGUCUAUGGUUACCAUGCUCCAACUGGAGAGAACCUGGCUAUUUAUGGUAAAGCUACCCAGUCUACAUUGCAUGGUGUAGCCGUUGCCUACAACGCUAUCGAUGGGAAUCGAGCAGCAAACGCUGCAAAGCACUCAUGCACUCAUACUGCAAAUGAAUUCAACCCCUGGUGGAGACUGGACCUGGGAAAAACCCAUAAAGUUUUCUCUAUUAAAAUAACCAACCGGAUAGAAGACUACACUCGAAUUAAUGGAGCUGAAAUUCGUAUUGGAGACUCACUUGACAACAACGGAAACAACAAUGAAAGGUGUGCUGUGAUUUCAACCAUCUCUCCGGGUUUUACUGAAACCUUUCUGUGCAACGGUAUGGACGGUCGAUACAUCAACAUUGUCGUACCUGGAAGAACUGUGUACCUCCAUCUGUGUGAGGUGGAAGUGUAUGGCUCCAGACUGGAUUAAUUUUAAAGAUCCUAAAAUUUAUUUGGGAAGAUACUUCAACACAUUUUUAAAAAAGUGUUUGUUCCUUAUUAUUUCCACAG